CAGAUCGUAUUUACACUUAUUUAUUCUUCACCACAUCAUCAAUCCUAUCACCGAAUCAUCCAGCACGUCUUAAAAUUCUAUCAAUUCUAUCCGACCAGUUAUCACUCCAAGGCGACGCUCAACUAGCAAACAAAUCUUUUGGUGAAUUGUCAUUUUUCACAAUGAGAUUCACCCUCGAUCAUUACUUUAAACAUUCAAUAUUACCAUGUCAAAAAACAUUAAUUGUAGAAAAAGCGAGAAAUAUUAUAGAGAAAAGUGUUGAAAGUGAGAAUAAGUUGAGUGAAAGUGAAAGAACUUGUAUGUAUAGUUUUCAUAAAUUAAUGAGUGGAAUCGAUUGGGAUGAUGAAAAUAUGAAGGUUAACUUAAUGUUUGCAUAA